CAUGGUUUCGCUCAUCUUGGCUCUUUGAAGGAAGACUACUUAUAUCUCUUUGGCAAGCCGAUCUCUUCUUUUUCUCUGGACUCUGUCCGCGGUCCUAUUGAAUAGUUCUUCGUGCCAUAUUGUUACGCGUCGGAAAUUCUCGGAAAGACGUUCGAUUUUCUGUGCAAUCAAGAAAUUCUUUUCAUCAAAUAUUGCUCGUUAUAUAUCAGCAGCAUGUUCCUAUCAUCGCGUGCGACAAGAAUACUCGAGGAGGUUAAGAAUGGAUGCUGUAUGCUUUAUGGUGCAGAGUAUUUCACUGAAGAUGAAUGGGUGAAAAUAGACGCGUUACUGCACAAGGGAAAAUAUGUUUUUACAAACGGCCCACAAAAACAGUUGCAAGAUGCGUACGAACCCUCGGAAUCUCAACAGCUCGUGAGGAUCGAAGACAAAGCAGUAUCCGAACCUCCCAGCAACACUCACGCUGGUCUUCAAGGGUAUGAUGGACCUUCUGAGGAUGAACCAAAAUCUGACGCCUUGGUUACAAUGACUAACAAAGGCCAUGGAAAUUUUUCGGGGUCACCACCAGAUGCAACUUGCUUCCAUUGCCAGGCUCGUCCUCAGCUCCCCGAAAAUGAGGCUCGUGUCAAACCCAAGCCAAAAUUUGAUCCUUCCGCAGCGGAAUUUGUGCGCAAUUAUGAGCCAAAGAAGGAGGAAUCCACACAACGGGUAUCAACAAGAGCGAGUGACGAACCGAGAAUAAUCCUUACUAGAAGCAUGGCCAGUUCUGGUACUCAGUCAUUGCCUGUCGGUCCACGAUCUAAGAAGCCAGCAUCUGGCGUCCAAGCAGGCAAGUCUUAUAAAGCCAUCAAAGAUUUUCAACCACCGCCUGAGGCACCUGGCGGGAUCCCAAUAUCUUGUGGUGACAAAAUUAGGGUCAAAAAACCUAUUGGUACCAAUCUUUGUCUGGGGUUGAAUACCAGAACUGGGCUAUUUGGUAGCUUUCCCGUGUCUGCGAUCUUAGAGGACGAUAAGAUAAGCAGCAAGAAAACGGAUCAUGGUAGCCCAGCUGUGAAAAAAACUGGCGGCUUUUCGAUGGAUGAUUAUGAUAACAGAAAAACGGCUGAAUGGGAGAAUGACGACGAAGACGAUAUCUUACCACCACCGACUGAGCCACAGAAUACCUCGAACAGUGUUGAAGGAACGAACCAGAUAGAAGGCCCUGGUCGUUCUGAAGCUGCUGCUUCGGCCAAUAGUGACCGCGAGAUCAAUAGUGAGAGUGACAGCGAGAGCGCUGGAAUAGAGUCAAGAGUCUCUAGUCUAAAUACAGACCAUGAUGAAGAAGUUGCCAAUGAGCAGAAGCCGGACGAUGCGGACUAUGAAAAUAAGGAACUACAAAUGACCAAAUAUCGUCCCAAAAGGUCAUAUAACAGUUCCCCUAAACCUGGUAAAUUUAUGACCACCCGGGACAGACUUCGCAUAGAACCUCAUGAAAUUGUCGUUCCAAAGACUGAAGUCUGUUAUUACUGGGAUAGUCCCAAGGGCUGUCGCUUCCCCGAAGCGCAAUGUCGUGAUCUGCACGAACAUCGCGAGUACACCCUGCAGACGAACAUACGAAACGGCAAAAUCAACCCCGGCGUUCUCUUCGAUGUCGUCUAUGCGAUUCCCUCCCCGGAGCCCGGCAAGCAGCAUCAGCCCGCCGACCCGAGUACCACCGUCGGAAAACGUUUCACGUGUUUCUUUUGGCACAGCCACGCUUCGUCCGAGAAUACCAGGAAGUGUCUCAAUUCCGCGGCGGCGUGUCAAUUCCUUCAUACUUAUGUCGGAAGCGAGGGUAUCUUAUAUAAGGAAGUGCAAAUCCAAGCGUUUAAGAAUCGGAACAGGAAGCCAGUGGCUAAACAGCCGCUUUCACCUCCUUCCGAGGCUGCGGAUGGUCAGGGAUGGGGUUCGGCUGAAGACGCGUCUCCUGCUUUAGAUUGGUAGACGAGAAGCAAGCAUACAAAUUGCAAGACAGAGAUAAAGGCUUUGAAAUUGACAUGGUACACAUCGUACUCUGGGCCAACACAAAUAUAGCGAGGAUCAUCGAUAGGAAUCUUUGAUAAGAUAGCUUUCGUUUUCUUCUGGCGAAAAAUCGCCAAAUACGGUUCUUUUUAACUAAAUUGAAAAAUUGGGAUUUUUAACUAAAUUGACAAAAUGGGAAUACAACAUAGCUAGGAACAAUAAAAACAGAAAAUCAUACUCUA